AUGCAUCUCGUCGCAAGGAUGAACAGGGAUGUCCUCCAGGGAGGAUCGUUCUGGUCUCCCCAACCGAUCUUCCAAGCCGAGGUUCCUCUCUCUCGGUGCAAACGACGCUGCCUUUCCAUCGAUGAUCUACCUGUUGAGAUCUUUACUGCCAUCUGUCGUAACUUGUGUGUGCAUUGUCAGCAUGCACAUGUUGUCGAUCUCCCGUCAGAUGAGAUUGACCACGCCAUCGAAGCCCAGCAGGCACUGUCGCGGUUGAGCCGUACCUGUCGACGCUUGCGGAGCAUAGCGCAACCUAUCCUAUAUCACUGUUACUACUCUGGAAGACAAUCGAACUUACCAGAUAGUUCCGAGUCACAGGGUGAUACUGAUGUUAGAGGACAUGAGGUUGGGAUUUUGAGGGUAUUUCUUCGCACACUACUCCAAAGACCCGAUUUAGCCAAGCAAGUACGUGCUUUGGCACUUUUUGCAUUGAGGGAAGACUCUGCUGGAAAGACACCUCAAGACAUGCAAGAUUUGUUUCGACAGGCUGGCGAGCGCGCUGGUUUUCGUGCCCUGCCUUCGUAUGAACAAGUUGACUCAAAGUGGUUGCAAGAAGCUUCUAUCAUGGCUGCACCCUUUGUAGAGCAACUUCUCAUCUAUCGAUCUUCCUCGGAAGGUCUGCAGUACAUAAGGGACUCACCCUUUUAUCUACCAAAUCUCAAAUAUCUGGUGUUGCCCGGACAGGGCAAGAAUCCUGAUGAGUGUUGUCACAUCCAACAAAUGCAGGAUGUGCUAGUCAAAGCUCAGAACCUCGAGAUUUUGGCAGCCAGCGAUGCCGACUGUGGGACGGAUAUCCCUCUACGAGAGCGCUUUCGAGCAGAACCAUGGGAAACCGCCCUCUCAAGUCUUCGUCGACUCUCCCUCCACGGCUUAGACCCAGACAACCUAGCCAAAAUACUUCGCCGCAGUCCAGUGCUUGAAGACCUGGAAUAUUUUUGCGACAUGGACAAGUACACUGUUCUUCAGCAUAACCACCUUGCCCCCGUGAGCCGAUCAUUACGGCGGUUAUGUUACACCAGCACGACGUGGGAGCACACUUCUGGCGGCGCACAAGAUAUAAUCGAGCAUGUAUCAAUGUUCCUCCGCUGGGACUCUUCAUUGCGAGGCGAUGCUAGCUUUGUUGACUUCCCACGUCUUGAGAUUUUGGAGAUUGAGCAACUCCUUCUAUACGGACCUGUAUUCGACAACGAAGAAGAGCGCAAAGAGCGGUUCGAGGUGAUGAAGGAUACCGGGCCUGAGAUAUUCAUGGCGAGUCUUCCCUCAUCAUUACGCAUUCUUCACAUAGGAAUGGUAUUAGCCUGGCCAGAAAUGCACCGCGAUUUACUCGGCAUGGCAGGGAAGAUAUACCGGUUCCAGAAUUUGGGUGUCGUUGCUGUGGACCCUUACGAAGCGCCACCGAAAGAGCAGGGGCAUGUUGGGUGUGAGGCCAGGACAUCCAAGGAGGUCAAGUGA